AAAGAGAUGAAUAUUCGAACCUGUCCCACAGGUGAAUAAAAAGAGCAGUGAAAGGAAAACGGAAACCAUUGUCUUGUUUGCUGCUUCUCCUUCUGCUACUCCCUCCAUUCAAUCCCCUCUCUUUGGUCGCCGAAGAUGACGACGUCGUUUUCAGAGCUUGAUGACGAUUUGGUUCGCAGCAUGUCCAUAGGAGCAGUUUUCUCGGAUUUCAGUGGGAAGAUACAUUCACUCGAUUUCCAUCGUAAGGAUGAUUUGCUUGUCACGGCUAGUGAGGAUGAUUCAGUGCGACUCUAUGACAUUGCUAAUGCUAAGUUGUUGAAGACCACUUAUCAUAAAAAACAUGGUACUGAUUGUAUAUGUUUUACUCAUCAUCCAAGCUCUGUUAUAUGCUCUUCAAGGUACAAUUUGGAGUCUACUGGAGAAUCAUUACGGUAUUUAUCAAUGUAUGAUAACCGCUGCCUCCGAUACUUCAAAGGGCAUAAACAGAGAGUUGUUUCUCUCUGCAUGUCUCCAAUCAAUGAUAGCUUCAUGUCUGGUUCUCUAGAUCACAGUGUCAGGAUAUGGGAUCUUCGAGUAAAUGCUUGCCAGGGCAUCUUACGUUUACGUGGUAGACCUGCUGUUGCCUAUGACCAACAAGGCCUUGUUUUUGCUGUAGCAAUGGAAGGGGGAGCUAUUAAAUUAUUUGAUUCUCGUUCUUAUGACAAGGGUCCAUUUGACACCUUUCUAGUUGGUGGUGACACAGCUGAAGUUUGUGAUAUCAAAUUCAGCAAUGAUGGCAAAUCAAUGCUUCUGACUACUACAAAUAACAAUAUCUAUGUUCUUGAUGCAUAUGGAGGAGAGAAGCGUUGUGGGUUUAGUUUGGAACCAUCUCCUGGUAUGACAAUAGAGGCUACAUUUACCCCAGAUGGGAAGUAUGUGGUGGCAGGCUCAGGAGGCGGAACCUUGCAUGCUUGGAGUAUUGAGAUGAAAAAUGAGGUGGCAUCUUGGAGCAGCCAUAUUGGCGUGCCUUCGUGCUUGAAGUGGGCCCCCCACAGGGCCAUGUUCGCUGCAGCCUCAAGUGUUCUCACGUUUUGGAUACCAAACAAUAGUUCAAAGCAGAGAACCGAGUAUGGUGGCACUGAAGCUGAAGCUUGAGCUCAACUCUAUCCAUUGAACUCAAUGUGCUCUUCCUUUACCACAGCCCAGCUACAAUUUUGUUGUGAAUUUGUCAAGGUUCCUAGUUUGGUUAUAUCUCAUGAAAAAUUGAGGACGGAGGAUCUUGUCAAUUGUAAAUUCCAUCGUUGAAUGCAAUUUAAUUAAAGUUUUAGCUACCUUGAAUGUUCUUUAUUGGUUUCAUAAUUUUCUUUUCUAUAUUUUUGCUCAACCGAUAUAUUUUUUGUAUAUAAUAGUCCCGUCGGGCCUCAAACGGGUUGAAGACGUUUUAACCAGCUAACGUAACCAUUGUGUUCUUAUGUCACUUCUUUUACGUGAGGUGCU